AUGUCUAAGUUCCCUUUCAUAAAUUCGCUCCUUUCGAUGCAAAAAGGUUUGCUAAAAGCAUCAGCAACGGUUGCCGCAUCUCCAUCUUCGUCUUCGUUAUCAUUCACGGCUCAAUCCCUUUCGAAAUCACGAGGGUUUCCUCUGGAAACUGCUCUUUCAACUGCCCAGACGCUACAAUUCGACGAAAGGAAGCUACGAAACUACGAAUCCGUCGUUACCGUUCUGAAAUCUCACAAAUUCUCCGAUACCCAGAUCGCGGAACUCAUCGCAAGGCGUCCCUCGAUCUUCCAAUUGCGAGCCGAGGAAAACCUCAGGCACAAAAUGCAGUACCUCAUCGAAAAUGGCUUUGCGGGACUGCUUCUUCCGGAGCUAGUUUUAGCGAAUCCGAACAUUCUGAGUAGAAGUUUAAGUUCUCAAAUAAAGCCCUCGUUUGAAUUCCUGAAGUCGAUUCUCGGGACCAAUGAGAAAGUUGUGGAUGCUGCUAAGCGUGCUUCGUGGUUGCUAACAGACUCUACGGGGACAAUGCAAAAAAAUAUCGACGUUUUAAUUGAUGAAGGGGUACCCAUUUCGAGUAUCUCCAAACUGAUGAUGUUACAGCCAAGAGUGAUCUUGCAGAGUGCCGAAAGGUUCAUCAGUGCAUUACAAACCAUCAAAAAGUUGGGUUUUGAUCCGACUUCUUCCGUGUUUGUGAACGCUUUUCGAGUGAUGGUCUCUAUCAGUGACUCCACCUGGAAAAAAAAAGUGGAAAUGCUUAAGAGCUUAGGGUUCUCUGAAGAAAAUGUUGUGUGCGCUUUUAAACGCGCGCCACAUUUGCUUUCCUGUUCUGUGGAGAAGAUCAAGAGAGCAAUGGAUUUCUAUGCGAACACUAUGAAUUUGGAACCAGCUGUUAUAAUGGCUUGCCCUGCGCUCCUGAUGUACUCUAUUGACAAAAGAAUUCGUCCAAGGUACAACUUAUUGAAGUUUUUGGAGUCGAAGAAACUGUUCAAACAGGACAAGCAGUUAGCUUGGGCAUUUCUGCUAACUGAGGACGAAUUCUUGAAGAGUUAUGUCACUAAGCAUCUGGAUCAAGUUCCAGAUUUGAUGGAGCUAUAUCAGGGUCUCUUCAUGACCGAGGUUUAA